AUGAGGAUUGUUGAUUCCCCGUUACCCUUGCCAGGAGACCCUGAUAUUUCAGCCCAGAAAUAUAAAUCUAGAAGAUGUGUCACCAUAGAAAAUCAUAAAAAAAACAAGCAAAACUAACCCAUUCGUCUUCACAAGGAAGAAGUUUUCCUACUUUUUUAAAUGACUACCACUCCAAUAUUAGUUUGUUUUCUUAUACUUUUCCAUGUAUACUUUAAAAUUCUGGCCUUAGCUGAAGAUGAAAACCAGUUCAUCUACAAUGGUUUCCAUGGAGCCAAUCUUUACCUUGAUGGGGUUGCACAAAUCCAUCCCAAUGGUCUAUUGCAGCUGACCAACAGUUCCAAGCAAGAAAUUGGCCAUGCUUUCUACCGACUUCCCAUAAUAUUCAAUGCAUCUUCAUCAGGUCUACCCCAAACUCUUUCAUUUUCCGCAAAUUUUAUCUUUUCCAUGGUUCCUAUAAUUCCUAAUCUUAGUGGUCAUGGAAUUGCCUUCACGAUCUCACCAUCUUUGAACUUCAGCCAAGCUGAAGUAGCCCAAUAUUUGGGACUCCUCAAUUUGUCUAACAAUGGCCUCACUUCAAACCAUCUGUUGGCAGUUGAGCUUGAUACUAUUAGGAGCCCUGAAUUCGAUGAUGGAAAAUCAUUGUCGUUCAAUGAUAUAAAUGACAACCAUGUUGGAAUUGACGUUAACAGCUUAAAAUCAAUUGUAUCAGCUCCUGCAACAUAUUAUUCUAAUAGUGAAGGAAUAAACAAGAGCUUGGAGCUCAUAAGUGGAAAUUCAAUGCAGGUUUGGAUAGACUAUGAUGGAGUGGAGAAUCUACUCAACGUAACACUAGCUCCUAUUAGAAGCUCAAAACCAUAUCUGUCUCUCCUGUCAACACACAUAAAUCUUUCUACAAUUUUCUUGAAUUCUAUGUAUGUUGGUUUCUCUUCCGCUACUGGAGCAGUUCCAGGUAACCACUACAUACUUGGGUGGAGCUUCAACAAAAGUGGGCAAGCACAGAGCCUAGACCUUUCAAAGCUUCCUUCAAUUCCCCUACCAAGAAUACCAAGACAGAAACAAAGUCUAGAAAUUAUAGUUUUAUUGAUAGCGGUAUCCAUUGUGUUGAUCGUCACAAUAGUUGGGACGAUUUACUUUGUGUGUUAUUGGGAACGGGAGUAUGGGCCUCAAAGAUUUUCCUAUAAGGACCUGUACAAAGCUACCAAAGGUUUCAAAGACCAAGAGUUUCUUGGAGCAGGAGGUUUUGGAAAUGUUUAUAGAGGAGUACUUCCCUCUUCCAAGGAACAAGUUGCGGUCAAGAAAAUCUCUCAUGAUUCAAAACAAGGGGUGAAGGAGUUUGUGGCCGAAAUUUCUAGCAUGGGAAGACUAAGACAUAGGAACUUGGUCCAGCUCCUUGGUUAUUGCAGGCGAAGGGGAGAGCUUCUCUUGGUCUAUGAAUAUAUGCCCAAUGGAAGCCUUGACAAGUUCAUAUUUAGCAAUGAAAAACCAACCCUCAAUUGGACCCAACGUUUUCAAAUCCUUAGAGGAAUAGCAUCGGCCCUUCAGUAUUUGCAUGAAGAAUGUGAGCAAGUUGUUCUUCAUAGAGAUGUUAAGGCUAGUAAUGUUUUACUAGAUGCUGGUCUAAAUGGACGGCUAGGAGAUUUUGGGCUUGCUAGAUUGUAUGAUCGUGGAGCAAACCUAGAAACUACCCAUGUGGUGGGCACUUUUGGCUAUCUUGCCCCUGAGCUUUCUAGAACAGGCAAGGCAACUACAAGCACUGAUGUGUUUGCUUUUGGUGCAUUCAUGCUCGAAGUGGCAUGUGGAAGGAGGCUUAUAGAGCCACAAGGGUUGCCUGAAGAUAUGGUUUUGGUUGAUUGGGUUUUUGAGAACCAGAAACGAGGAACUAUUCUCUCCACGUGUGAUCCUAGAUUGGAAGGUGAGUUUUCAGAAGAUGAAAUGAAGUUGAUUUUGAAUCUAGGUCUGCUUUGCUCACACUCCAAUGCAGCAGCAAGGCCUAGCAUGAGGCAAGUGAUGCGAUACUUGGAUGGAGAUGCCCUGUUGCCAGAGAUGCAUCUUGAUACUGCAGGUAUUGGUACACUUAGUGUGGGUAAUGAAGCAUCUGCUGAAUUUGUCAUGUCAUUUCCUUUGUCCGCUGAAGUUGUCUCCUCACACCAUGUCUAGCAUUGAAUUAAUACUCAAUUGUGGUUGUUGAAUUUGAAAUCUCUAUUCCUUGGAUAUGCUAGAACAUAGUUUCAAUGUGUAACUAAAAAGAAUCAUUGUUGUGGUUGAAUUUCUAUGACACGUACAUUGGUAAAUUUCUACCUA